AUGUCGUCAGCUCCCUCCGAUGUUAAGUUGACGCUGGAGCGAACGAGCUCCACACUGCUUCAGCAAAUAGAGGCACUGGAGAAGAGGACUUCCGAACUAAAAAGAAGUCGCGAAGCUCUGGAAGCAUCCCACAAGAAGCAGCAGGAGGAGAGCAAGCAUGGUGCCGGUCAGGAUGCAGAGCAAACCCACGCGAAGGCGGAUGGUGCACCGGUUGGAAAGAGUCCAGAGGGAGAAGAUGAGGAAGACAGGAACAAACUCCCGCAAGUUCUUGGAGAUGAGAGUAAGCAAGCCAUUUUGGUCGAUCCCCGGCGGUGGGCGCGGGAACGCUUGGCGACUGCUUUGCGGGAGCAAGGCGAGGAGCUAGAGCAGAAGCAAAAAGCUUCUAGUCCAGCUCCUGCAUCUGUUGGUGCAGCACUUACAACACAAACACCAGCGCCUACAUCAGAAGGGCAAGCAGCAGCCACUACUUCUCCGGGCACAGUACCGCCGAAAAUGAACGCGGCUAUAGGCGAAACUGAUGGAAACGCUGCAGUGGCUGCAAAGGCGAGCGCCCCUGGCACGCUGGCCAAAGCCACCAGCAUGAUGAAGGGAGGCAUGCCGAAUCCUAGCAACAUGGGUGCAGUUGCAAAGGGCGCUCCGCCACUUGGAGCCGGUUUGCCAUCUUUGCCCGCAGCAUCGCCUGGACUGCCCAUGGCCACGCUCCCCAUGCCUUGUGGGUCCGGGCCAAACGGAGCUGUUUUGCCGAAGUCCUUCAUGCCAAAAGUGCCAGGCAUGCCCGGGCUGGACAUGGGGUGCGGCGGGUCCUCCAUGCCUUGCAUGGGCGGCUGCCCAGGUGGUGGGGGCAUUGGGCCGGGGCCUCUGGGCGGCAUGGGUGGCGGUUUGUGUCCUGCAGGGCCUGCCGGCGGCACGGGGCCGACGAGUGGCAGCCCUGAGGGCGAAGGUGACGAAAUGCAGCAGCAAAUGAUGCUGCAGAUGCAGAUGCAGAUGCAGAUGAUGAUGAUGGGUGCCAUGAUGGGGUCCAUGCUGGGCGAGAACGACGACAAGAAGAAAGGCAAAAAGAGAAAAAAGGACAAAGGAAUCGAUUUGCACGAUGUCGACGAUUUGCCGCCUGGCGCUUCCAGCGACGCGAAUCAUCCCAGCUACAGGCCACCUGACAUGGAGCAGAUGCCUGGCAUCACAGACAGAAGAUUUGAAGGACGAAUUACGAUGUGGUUCGAGGACAAAGGUUACGGCUUCAUCGGCAAUGAUGAUUUGAAACAGAAGUUCAAUGGCAUGGAUGUUUUCUUGCAAAAGAACCAGAAGCGGCACUUCAAUCAAGGUGACCAAGUGAUUUUUAGCGUCUUUAAGAACUAUCGAGGUCAGCCUCAGGCGACGGAGUUAAGAGCAGGCAAAUCCUCCCUGGGAUAG